CUUCAAUGCAGAAUCUGAAAAGAUUGCAGUUCCUGGAUCUGGGAGAAAAUAGAAUAGCGGAUACUAUACCAGCGUGGAUUGGGGAAAGGUUAUCAGACUUGGAGUUUCUGACACUUCAGUCGAAUAAUUUCCACGGAGGUAUCUCUAAUACACUCUGCCAACUCCCAUAUCUUCAGGUGCUCAACCUAGCACAUAAUGAUUUAUCUGGAUCUAUUCCUCACUGCUUUAAAAACUUCACCGCGAUGGAAUCAACUGAACCAGGAACAUUUCAGUACUCAAACUAUACUUAUCAUGAUCCCGUACUUCAAAACUUUAAGGCAGGAAUAGACCUUGAGUACUCAAAAAACAUGGAGUCUGUUAAAUCCAUUAGCCUCUCAGGAAAUAAUUUGGUCGGUGAAAUCCCGGAUGAGAUAAUGGGUCUCGUUGGGUUGCAAACUUUGAACCUUUCAAAAAACCAUCUAAUUGGAAGGAUCCCCAAGAACAUUGGCAAUUUGAAGCAACUUGAAACACUUGAUUUAUCGAUGAAUGAACUCAGCGGUGAAAUCCCUCCAAGCUUGUCGAGUAUAUACUCAUUGAGCUCUCUGAAUUUGUCAUACAACAAGCUAUCAGGGCCAAUACCAUCAGGAAAUCAACUUCAGACCUUGAAUGAUCCAUCCACCUAUGAGGGAAACAUUGGACUCUGUGGGAAGCCAUUCCUGAACAGCUGCCCUGCAGGCGAAUCGCCAACAGAAAAUGGGCCUGUUCUUGACGAUAUAGGUCACACCGAGUCUGAUUUCUCAUGGUUUUAUGCCGGUUUUGGACCUGGAUUCAGUGUUGGUGUAGUGGGAGUUGUGGGAAUCCUUCAAUUCAAGCAGUCAUGGCGCUAUGCAUUAUUCAAAUGUGUGGAAAAUGUCUAUGACAGAAUUUGGGUUAUGAUCGGAUUGAAGACUUCUCGUCUACGGAGGAAUUUCCAUUGAGUAAGUAUAUGUACAAAAGCACGUAACAUUCUGUUUUUUCUUAUUCUGCAAUAAGGCA